GUAUAAAUUGUUCCUUCGCUUGCUCUGGUUGUAUCGAAUCGCCAACUUGUGAGUUGCAGUUGAGAACAUGGAUAACAGAUUAGACCAGAGUGACGAUAACAGAUACAGAACAAGUGCUCCAGUGCAGCCCCAUGGAGGUCUCUUGUCGGCUGGGUCAUCAGGUUUACAAACAACAACAUCUUUACCUGGGGGUCUGAGUACCUAUCCACCCACACCAAGUCCAAUGCCACCACUGACACCAAUGACUCCUAUGACAGCAGAACAGGCUGGGAUUGUACCUCAACUACAAAAUAUUGUGUCAACUGUAAAUCUUGGCUGUAAGUUAGACUUGAAGAAGAUUGCUCUUCAUGCAAGGAAUGCAGAAUACAAUCCAAAGCGAUUUGCAGCUGUUAUCAUGAGAAUACGAGAGCCAAGGACAACUGCAUUGAUAUUCAGCUCUGGUAAAAUGGUUUGCACUGGAGCAAAGAGUGAAGACCAAUCAAGACUAGCUGCAAGAAAAUAUGCCAGAGUGGUACAGAAGCUUGGGUUUCCAGCAAAGUUUACAGAGUUCAAAAUUCAGAACAUGGUUGGUAGCUGUGAUGUGAGAUUCCCAAUUCGACUUGAAGGUUUGGUGUUAGCCCAUGGACAGUUUUCCAGUUAUGAACCAGAGCUUUUCCCUGGUCUCAUUUAUCGAAUGGUUAAGCCAAGAAUAGUGUUAUUAAUUUUUGUGUCAGGAAAGGUUGUUUUGACAGGUGCCAAAGUGCGCUCAGAAAUCUAUGAAGCCUUCGAAAACAUCUAUCCUAUCCUCAAGUCAUUUAGAAAGACAUAACGCAAAGAUUGAGAAUGUCACAAAGGAUCGUACAACGCAAAGUAUUCUGGAUGAACCAUCCACAGCAUGAAUGCAGAGUUAAGAAAUAUAAAGAGACCUGAAUGGAAAAGAAAGCGAAAAAGUUAACUUUUACAGCCAGAUGGUUUGAAAGGGACUUAAUUACCUCAAGCAUUACUAAAGAAACAUAUUUUUUGGGAAAGCUCUGAGGAGCUUCUGUAAUCAAUGAUAUAAUUUUGUUUGUAAUUUAGAGGGCUGUUUCAAACGUCCUCCACAAGUGCCUGAAAGUAGAGGCUCGCCCCUGUGGAUAAUGUCUGUGUUAUCUUCCAAAUCUAAACAAAUCCUAAACUGUGAAGGAUUUAGUUUUGAGUUAUUGUUAAGUUGCUUUUGAAAACAAACAAAAAUAUUAAAGUAACGUCUCAGUUGUUGAAAGUGG